CGCCGCUGCCGCCGCCACCGCCACUCCUGCCGCCGCCACUCCCGCCGCCGCCGCCACCAGCUGAGUCUGCAGCCCCGAGGAGAUCCCAGUCAUCAUGUCCAUAGAGAAGAUCUGGGCCCGGGAGAUUCUGGACUCCCGAGGGAACCCCACGGUGGAGGUGGAUCUCUACACCGCCAAAGGUCUCUUCCGGGCUGCAGUGCCCAGUGGCGCUUCCACUGGCAUCUAUGAGGCCCUAGAGCUGAGAGAUGGGGACAAACAGCGUUACUUGGGCAAAGGGGUCCUGAAGGCGGUGGACCACGUCAACACCACCAUCGCGCCAGCCCUCGUCAGCUCGGGCAUCUCCGUGGUGGAACAAGAGAAGCUGGACAACCUGAUGCUGGAGUUGGACGGGACUGAGAACAAGUCUAAGUUUGGUGCCAAUGCCAUCCUGGGUGUGUCCCUGGCUAUAUGCAAGGCCGGGGCAGCUGAGCGGGAGUUGCCCCUAUAUCGCCACAUUGCUCAGCUGGCUGGAAACUCAGACCUCAUCCUGCCCGUGCCGGCCUUCAAUGUGAUCAACGGCGGCUCUCACGCCGGGAACAAGCUGGCCAUGCAGGAGUUCAUGAUCCUGCCGGUGGGCGCCGAGAGCUUCCGGGACGCCAUGCGGCUUGGAGCAGAAGUCUACCACACACUCAAGGGAGUUAUCAAGGACAAGUAUGGCAAAGAUGCCACCAACGUGGGGGAUGAGGGGGGCUUUGCUCCCAACAUCCUGGAGAAUAGUGAAGCCUUGGAGUUGGUAAAGGAAGCCAUUGACAAGGCUGGCUACACGGAAAAGAUUGUCAUCGGCAUGGAUGUUGCUGCCUCAGAGUUUCAUCGUGAUGGCAAAUACGACUUGGACUUCAAGUCUCCCGCGGAUCCUUCCCGGUACAUCACCGGAGACCAGCUGGGGGCCCUCUAUCAGGACUUCGUCAGGAACUAUCCUGUGGUCUCCAUUGAGGAUCCAUUUGACCAGGAUGACUGGGCCGCCUGGUCCAAAUUCACAGCCAAUGUAGGGAUCCAGAUUGUGGGUGAUGACCUGACAGUGACCAACCCAAAGCGCAUCGAGCGGGCCGUGGAGGAAAAGGCCUGCAACUGUCUACUGCUCAAGGUCAACCAGAUCGGCUCAGUCACGGAAGCCAUCCAAGCGUGCAAGCUGGCUCAGGAGAAUGGCUGGGGAGUCAUGGUGAGUCACCGCUCGGGAGAGACCGAGGACACGUUCAUCGCUGACCUGGUGGUGGGGCUGUGCACAGGCCAGAUCAAGACUGGCGCCCCGUGCCGUUCGGAGCGUCUGGCCAAAUACAACCAGCUCAUGAGAAUUGAAGAAGAGCUGGGGGAUGAGGCCCGCUUCGCCGGACACAACUUCCGCAAUCCCAGUGUGCUGUGAUUGGCUCCACUUGCCCGAGACUUGGUUUCUCUGUCCCCUCCUCCCAGAACCUCCUCCUGCUGUCCUGGUGACCUGUGAUAGCUCACCCCCAGGGCCUGGGUGCCCACCGCUUCCCUGAUCUGCCUGCUCCGGCUGCUCCUUGGCUUACUGGCACCUUGCCCCAGCUCUGCUCUCCUCCUCCGGCCUGCUCUUUGGGGGCUCCACACUCCCCACUUCCCCUUCCUUUCUAUGCUCUCAUUCUUCAAACACUGGCCAUGGGAACGAGGGUGAUGUGGGGUCCCAAGGGAGAAAGCAGAGUGUGCGUGACCGAGCAUUGGCGCUGAUGUGUGGGUAUUGAGAGAGGCCUGCGUGUCACUACUUGUGCCUCGUUCUGUUGCCUGUGCUUCCAGGUUGCACAUGAGCCAUGAACGGUGUGCCUGGUGCCUGGGGCGGGGAGGGCAGGGCUGGGCAGGGCUGGGUGUGCAGCCCUGCCUGCCCAAGACCUUAGUGUAUUUAUUUAUUUAUUUUUCAUGCUCCCUGUUAAUGAAUCAUUCCUUUGAAACCCAAGGGCCUGCAUGUGGUCUGACCUGAGGGGACUAUGCCUCUGGAUCUCAUGUGGCUGUAGGUCCAAAGAUGACCUGAGUGGGCAGAUCUUGUUAGAAUGGAAACAGUUGACAGAAUAAGUUCUGUGUGUGCACUAAUGGAAGCCUAACUCAGCCCAGAGUGGGGGCUGUGAGCCUAGGGGACUCUUCCCUACCACCCUCCCCUACCCCCCAACCUUGGGUCCUCUGCUCCUCCAGCUGUGCCACAGCAUCAUCCCACUCCCUGUGCCGUGUUCCACUGUCACCACCGCCCCUGUGGCGUUGAAACGAGCACCGCCAUUAAAGUCUGACUCACCAU